AUGUCGAAGAGAAAGCGUGAAGAAGACACGCCCGAAUACGAAAGCUUUCCUUUGAUACCAUCGGUGACGCCCAGCCAAGAUUCGCAGUGCGAGAAUGAUGCCGUGCAUCAAAUCGCAGAACGUGCGUUACUCAGCGCACAAUUCAGUGACAUGACAUUGCUUUGCAGAGAUGGGGUUCUCUACGCUCAUAAACUGAUAGUCUGCCCUCAAUCAGAAUACUUUGGCAGGGCAUGCUCCAGCAGACUCAAGGACGCCACCGAGCCAUUUCAAUUCCUGGAUAAAGAGCCAGCGCUGAUGAGAAAAGUCUUGGAAUACCUCUACACUGGAGAUUACACACUUGACUUUCAAGAGUCAACUGGGCACAGCAAAGGGCAUCCACCGAGUCAAGGUGGCUCGGCGAAGGGCCAGCCUGACGUGGUGCUUCCCUCGGAAUCAAGCAUUGAACCAAGCAAGCUCAGGCUGAUUGUACAUGAGUCGUCUACUACUGUUGCUGGACAGGGACUCGAGAUGGGUAAACGCCUUUGUGAGCCCUCGACUGGCUCGACUCAAUCGGCUGUCUCUGCCUCGGUCAAUCUCGAUGCCGGCGAAGGAUCAGGCGAGGAAGGGUCUGACCACGACUUUGCAGCCUUCUGCAUUGCGAACCCAGCAUAUUUUCACGUCCGCAUGUUUGCCGAAGCCGACUAUUUCCUGAUUGAUGGUCUAAAGCAAACAUCGAAACGCUUACUCCGUAGAUCUCUCGUGUCGAGCAUACAGAAGGAGAUCACCAUUCACGAGGCAAUCGAAGAGCUCUAUUCCAACCGUUGCGACUAUAGAGAGCUGAAAGAAGUCGCGAUCCUCAAGCUUGUGAAAAUCUUGAGAGAUCCUAUGAUCAAGAAUGACUCACUUGUGUCCUCCAAAAUCGGGCAAUUUAUCCCCGACUUCGCGCUGGAUCUGUGUACGGCGCUCAUGAAAGUUGCUGACCAGCCUAACGUUCCGAGAACGCGUUGGGCCGGAUCAGCGAUCCAAAGGUCGUCCUGA